AUGUCCACCUAUAUUUUCUGUAAAAAUUUAAAAAAAGGUAUUAGAUACUCUGUUGGGAGAGUGCCGAUAUCUAGUUGCGAUUUCUCUUCUAGAGUGUAUUCCUAUUGUGAUACAGAUAACGAUUUUAAACUCAAAACUUUUGCGUUAGCUGAAGAAGAUUUGCAUAUGAAGGCAAGUAAAAAUUUAUAUCAAAUACCUCACAUUUUAACUGCCAAUCUACUUGCUGGAUCACCGCUUAACUUAGUUGCUACUUCGUGGUCAGCACCUGCUUGGAUGAAAACUUCUAGAAAAAUGCCAGGGGGUGGAAGUCUAAGGUUUUGUUAA